AAUGAUGCGAAUGUCUACGACUAUGCAACGACUGAACGCGGGAUGGGAAAAGGUCCUUGGUUGAAUGACACAGAUCAAGAUAAACAUUCUGAUGUUUCGCCCGUGUAUGCCGACGCCAACGACACAGAUACAAGUUUCUACUUUACUUUAGAAAGAAAUCCUGCUGAGGUUACUGCUGAUGCAGACGAGGGCACUUAUGUAAUUGCUAUACCUGACAAUGUUUAUGAUAAACCCGAAGAUGAUACAACCAUGGAAUUGAACAAUGGCGGUACCAAUAUACAAGGUGGAGGACAAUUUUACCACACGCUGGAGGAAUGCGAUGAAGAACUAAGCUGUCAAAAUACAGUUCCGAAAGAGACGGAGAAGCAAGAUGGAGUUUCGAUUGAAAUUGAAGAGCAUGAGCUGAGCGAUAAUGAUACAUACGUUGUCAAUAUACCAAACGAUGAGAAUGGAAUGAAAUAUAAGUUGUCAGAGGCGGAAAGUAAAGGAGAGACAACAGAAUCGGAAAAUGAAGACACUGAACAGACAUACGUUGUCAAUAUUCCCAAUGAGAAUAUUGACGCACCUAAAGUAUCGCCAAAAAUUAACGGUGAUAAAUCUUUGAGACAAAUAGGGAUAGAAAAGGAUAUCAAUGAUGGAUAUUCGGGACAAUUGGGAGUGGAAGAGGACAACUGUGAUAGACAAAAAAGAAUAAAUUCGAGUUCAGCAGAGGAUGAAUUUGGACCAAAAGUUGAUGGAUAUUAUUCUGAGGAAAUAUACGAGAAUGUAAAUACAUGCUUGUACCCCAACAAUGAAGGUCACGUGGCCCACAAAAUGUUACCUGAAGAAUUUUCUAUAGCUGUCAAAAAUGAAACAAAUUCCGAGAACAAUACAGCUGCAGCUAACAGUCAGGGAAAUUUGGGGUACAUUGACGAUGACUUAUUAGCACAAAAUAAGAUCGACGAAAACGCAAGACAAAAUUCAAUUGAUAAUGACAACACUCAUGUGGUCCAAGUAGAAACAUUGGCAAGUGCUCGUUUGAGUGAAAAUACUACAAGGAAUGAUAAUCAAUGUUAUUUCGAUGACGACAUUUACGAAGAUUGGGAAGACAAUAUUAUUGGUAGAGUAAAGACAGUUUCUGGUGAAUCUGGAGACGAGUUGAAUGCAUCUGCAGAUGAACAGAAUGAAUCUGGGGAUGAGAUAUAUCAGAAUUUUGAUAUCAUAAACGAACAAGAUCAGGAUUCUGGUGAAAGUUUUUAUCAAAAUCUGAAGGAUUUCAGACCGUCUCUAGUCAUGCAAGAUGUUAGAUAA